UACUAACACCAUUAUCAUUCAAUUGCAUUUGCAGGUUUUAAUAGCAUCAAGAAUAUCAUAAUUAGAGGUUGUAUUUUCACUAGUCUUAUUCUGCUUGCUGGAGUACUUCUCGUGUCCUUUGACCAUAUGCACAACAAAAAGAAGAUGCAGGGUCAACUAAAGAUUGAGAAAUUCUUGCAAGAUUAUAAAGCUCUUAAACCCUCCAGAUACUCCUAUGCUGAUAUUAAGAAGGUUACCAAUAAUUUUAAAGACAUGAUUGGACAAGGUGGAUAUGGUGUAGUUUAUAAGGGAAAGCUCUCCAAUGAUGUUCUCGUUGCGGUUAAAAUCCUCAACAAUGCCAAGGAAAACGGAGAUGAGUUCAUCAAUGAGGUUGGAACCAUGGGCAAAAUUCACCACGUUAAUGUUGUACGUUUGGUUGGCUAUUGCGCUGACGGAGUCAAAAGGGCCCUCGUCUACGAGUUCAUGCAGAAUAAAUCCCUAGACAAGUUCAUAUCCUUCGAUGGAAAGAAGAAAUCUCUUGGCUGGGAAAAGCUCAAAGAGAUUGCAUUGGGAAUAGCCAAAGGAAUUCAGUAUCUUCAUCAAGGUUGUGAUCAACAAAUCCUCCAUUUCGAUAUUAAGCCACACAACGUUUUGUUAGAUAGUAACUUUCUCCCAAAGAUCUCCGACUUCGGUUUGGCCAAGCUUUGCUCCAAGGAACAAAGUGCUAUUUCUAUGACUAUUGCUAGGGGUACCAUAGGCUAUAUUGCACCCGAAGUUUUCUCAAGAAAUUUUGGAAACGUGUCGUAUAGAUCAGAUAUUUAUAGUUUUGGAAUGCUCUUACUAGAUAUGGUCGGAGGUAGGAAGAAUGCCCCUCAAGAUGAAGAUAAGAGUGAUGCUUACUUUCCCGAGUGGAUUUAUAAGAGUUUGGAUCGAGGGGAAGAAUUGGAAAUUCAGAAUGAGCAUGAAGCGGAUGAGAACUCCAAAAAGAUCAUAAACAAACUCUCAAUUGUGGGGCUUUGGUGUAUUCAAUGGCAUCCAAGCAAUCGACCUUCAAUGAAAGUUGUCCUUCAGAUGUUAGAAGGGGAUGGGAAUGCGCUAACUCUUCCUCCGUAUCCAUUUGCCUCAGCUGAUCCAACCACCAACAUGGGAACAGUUGGUAGGGUUACAUUUACUAGUAGUUUAGAGAUUAUUUCUGAAUCAGAAUGAGAUAAUCAAACGUGUGUUAUGUAUCAUGUAUGAGAUGUAGAUGCUUAUAAAUAAAAGUAAUUGUGUAUC